CCCGGAAGUUGCAGUAACCAUGGUGACACGGUAACGUGACACUCAACCGGAGAAAAUAAGCUGUAGGCUACGGUUAGCUUGUUGAUCCGUUUUACAUAGUAUUUUUUAAUUUUUAUUAAAUUAAUCAAAUGUCCCGCAAAGCCCUGAAAGUUGUGGUUGAAUUGAAGUUUAGAGCGGUUUCUUGUCCUGGAGUUCACCUGUCAGACAAAGAUGAUAUCUACAUCAGCAUGUGCAUCAUGGGACAGUACUGUCAGUCUGAAUGUCUCCCUGCCAUCUUUCCGCUGCUGUUUCAUGAGAAGAUGACGUUUGAAAAGAUUUUCAGACAUGCAGUCGACCCUGGAGACAUCGCAGUAAUGCUCGAGUAUGAGACGGUCAGAAUUGAUCUGGUGCAGCUGAUUCCUCCAGCGGGCGACAUUCUGGCCUGCUUUGAAGAAGACGCUCGACGUUUCUUGUUCCCGGAGCCCAAACUGCUUCCUUCGUUCUCCGGAGUGGAUCGAGAGGUUCUGAUGACCCGAGCGUCUCACUUUCCUGGUAUCGCUCCCAGGCUGGAGUUUUCCAGCAAGACGACCAUCAUUGAGUGCUCAGCUGAUGCAAAGAUCAACUUUUACCCCAAUGUGCUCAUGAAGCCAGUGAUGAAGAGAAUCAGGAAGCCCUCCAGCAGACCCAGGACCUCCUCUCCUCAGAGAAGACGAGGUGUCAGGACAAACACGGACAGACUCAGCAGCGCCAGAUCACCGUCACUCAUCUCCAGAUCUCAGUCCCUGUCUCCUCUGAGAGCUGGAAACAGUCAGGGUCUAACCCAACUCAGUCUGGACUCUUCAGCACACAGAGGCCCAGAGACCUGGAACAGCACCAGCACCUCUCAGCCUCUGAUAGCUUCAUGGCCUGGAGCCGGUCGGUCUGCCUCGCCCCGACGCUCUGCUCCGUUAACCAGCUCCUCCUCACCUUUGACCAGGUCUUCAUCCACAGUGAAAGAUUCUCCGACUGUGAGAAGAAAAUCGUUAUCCAACAGUUUGGUUGGAGGGACAUCAGAAGACGAGUCCAGCUCUUCAGACACACGGGACCCCCCGGACUACCACAAAGACCCCUCAAGACUGUGGCAGUCCUGCAGAGAACAGGCCAGGCAGAGGAGUUCUCACAGAGAAUGGGAGGAGGUCCAGGAGCGGGUUCGAGGACUCCUCACGACACCAAAAGCUGUACGCCGACUUGUCUAUGGAGCGUCACACUCUGAGGUGGACGAGGUUUUAUAUAGGAGGUCCAUCUCUCCAGGUCCACCAUGAGGAUCCAGCCAGCUGUGGAGAGGGAACGAGCCCCUCACCAUGCCAACACAGCCCUGAGAUGUCCAGACUCUCCUGAUGUGUGUGUGUGUGUGUGUGUGUGUGCAGGAGAGAGGUUGGACAAUGUUCACGCCCCCUGUGAUGUCCAAGUAACGUGUUGGAUGUUAAAUAAACCUUUUAGAACAGAAACUCAGCGUUUUAUCUCAGGUUGAACAGUGAGACUUUCAACGACUUUGACGUCAUAAGUCUCCGUCGUGUUAAUCCAUCAAGCUGACAUUGUCGAGUCCUCGGGUAAAUCAACCGAAGGCCAUUAAAAGCUAAUUGUGCCCGCGGCGAUGCAGCUCUGUGUGAACUGCUGCCGUAUAUCAGAGAAAUAGCUGCUCACUACUGCGGCUCUGUCAGGAACAUUGUGACUUAUCACACACUGGCGCUGAAACAGAAUCCUAUUUUGGGUGUUAUACUCCGUCUAAAAGAACAGGCGUUAGCAGCAGGGAAU